AUGAUCAGCUUUACAAAGUGGACUACAGUUGAGGUUGUCCUCCAGAUCCCCCCUGCUUUUCCAGUUUGCACGUAUAACCUCACUCCCAUAGAACAGCUCCAGCCGCGCGUGGACUACAAGGAAUAUUUCACUGAUGUGCUCGGUGUUGUCAGUGUGAUCUCCCAUGUUUCAUCACUACGCACAAGGGGACGACAGGCUGAAGUUAUGAAGAGAACAGUCACUAUAAGCAAUGCAAGGGAUACUGGGCCUACUGUUGAUGUCGUACUUUGGGGCGAGCGGGCCACAGCUUUCCCAGCUGAACAGGUGCACAGGGACAGUGGCUCCUCGCCACAGAUCAUAAUAUUUGUUGGCACUCUCGUGAGGAGUUACGCUGAUAAUGUGUCUUUAUCGGGUGGAUCAUCAUGCAAGUGGUACAUAAAUGCACCGGUCCCAGAAGUAAACGCUCUCAGAGCUAGUGCUGAACCAAACCACUGCCCUGUCAUUUGGGAUCAGGGAAAAGUGGCUGCUGAGAGUACGAUAGCCGCAGUUCCUGAACACAAGAAACUCAAGGAUAUUAAGUACCUCCAUCCUUUUGAAAAUAAGAAGAAGGAAUGGCUUGUCAUAGUAAAGGUGCUCAAAAUUGAUAGAUCGUGGUGGUACAAUGCAUGCAAAAAAUGCCUUAGGACAACCAAACCACACGGUGACACAUACAAGUGCACCAAUAAUUCAUGUGACAGCAUCGGAUCGCCUACCCCAAGUGCUUCUGGACACGAGCACCACAAGCUAUGGAAGCUCGCUUUUGGGAACCGAGGCUCGCUUUUGGGAACUGUCCUAGUUCGUCUAGUUUACCUGCUGCAGAAAGGUUCUCAUUACUUGUAUUAUUUGUCAAGUGUUCCUAGAAAGCUCUCAGAGGUGGUGGACGACAAGGGCGUCAAAUCCCUGGCCUUGUUCCCUGCCAAGUUCCAGAAGAGGAGUUUCAUGUUUGUGAAUGCCAUCGGAAGGGAUCAUGCUCUGGAAUCAGGGAGCAAGAUUGUGUAUGUUGUCUCGCAAGUCCUCUUCCAUGAACAAGUUCAGGCUCUGGAGAAGUCUGGUGAUUGCUCAAGGAAGGAAACAACAGCAGUGAUUGGCAAGUUCGACUUUGUUGAAGCUUUGUAA